GAGGCUGGUCUUUUACAUGGUCAGUAAGACCACGUACCUCGCAGCGUCACGAUUGCUAUGGCAAUGAAAGUCUGGUAACACGUGAAAGCAAGCAGAACCCUGCGUGUCGGCCACACCCUCUGUACCAAAGUUUUGGAAACAGUCAGAGCGCACAGCUUUUGAGAAGAUUCUAAAUAUCAUGGGUGUCUCAGGUCUGCACACGACCACCCGAUUCAACUACCACCAUGCCACCCACUUCGUUUUUAGGGAGAUUUGAUUUUGAGAGUUCGCUUGCAGGGUCGCUCGCAGAUCUCCCCAGCAUCUUCUGCAACGCCUGUCAGCAUAUUGUGACUGAGACGGGUGGCCGCAAACAUGACUGCAAGACGCGACCGACGACUAUUCAUGGAUACCCAAUGUGUUACUUGCCGCAUACCGUAAUCACAUCCGAUCUUGGCUCUCCCGACGGCAACUAUCAGCUGGAAUUCAAUCGCGUUCUGACUGAGAACUCGAACUUGGCAGUAUUUUCAGUUGGACAGGAGGCUCCGGUGUCAGACACUUGGCAACAAGAUCAGCAGCGGGUUGGAUGCUUGUCCCGGCUAUUUUCUGCCGGGUCGUCUGGUUGUAAUGCUACAGUCAGUGUCGGAUCGUACUGGCCGUUUAAACUGUCGAACCAGGCUAUUUGGUACUGGCACGCCGAAGAUGGAGUGUUACUGGUGGACUGGAGCAAGUUGUACACCGACUAUUUCACACAGUCGAGGAGUAGCAAGAACAGGAGAAGAAUUGAGAGAAUUGUUCAUCGUUACCGGGAUUUGGAAGCUGAAAAGAUGCGGAACGACACUGCCGGACGGUGGACCUCGUAUGGUGACUGGGACAUUUUUCCAGCAACGCAUGCAGAGAUAGCCAUGGCUUGCAGGUAUGAGGGACCCAAGAGCGACUUCGAAGAUCGCCUUGAUCCCAGACAGGAUCGGAUGAGUCCUCAGGAAAUGGUUAUGCGGCUAGGAGACAGGAUAGUGGCUGUGGGUGAAGCACUCCGGAAACGAGUCGACGGAAAACCAAAGGUUUACGAGAGCGAAGAGAAGCAGGAAUGCCCAAAAGGACCAUUAUCGCUAUGGAGGAGGACCAGUUAUUCCAAAUUGCUGUAAUUGUGCGUACUAUUACCAAGGAAUAAUUCUGCUUCUUUCAACGAGUAAAGUCGCUAAUUGAUGCUUUUCUAACAUGG